AUGGUCACUAUUUACAGUUCAUCCUCUCCAAAUUUAAUCAGAGGUAAGAAUAUGAAAACUCAACCACCCUUGAGCAGGAUGAGCCGGGAAGAACUGGAGGACAGUUUGUUUCGUCUUCGUGAAGAGCACUUGUUGGUGAAGGAGCUUUCUUGGAAGCAACAGGAUGAGAUCAAAAGGAUGAGGACAGCCUUGCUCCGGUUGACCGCUGCGGGCCGGUACCCCAGGGCAGAGGUGGCGGCGGUGGAGCAGCUCUCGGAGCCCGCAAGGCAGAGUUGGAGCGCAGGGUGGCGGCAGCGACCCCACAAGCACCAGCGUCCCCUAACGCACGGGCUGCAGCUGCAGUUCCAGCGCGUCGGUCCCCCUGUCCCCCGCCGCCCCCAGCCUCGUGUCCCUGUGGGACACAGACAGCUCCACACCGCCGGUGCGCGGGUGCCGGAGAAACCCAAGACGGAGCCAAGGGGCAGACUGAGCUACACAGCCCCUCCCACUUUCAAGGAACAUGAGACACAUGAGAAAAACAGAGGUGAAAUAUCCAGAGAACCCUGUGAACUUGUUUCUAAUUCUAACAGUAUAAUUUUUUUCAGAAAAGUCAUAAUUAUAACUAAACUCAUUGGUCUAUGCAUGCCUAACAGUGCCCACAUUAUGACCAGCAAUACUAUGCAAGUGGAGGAACCACCUAAGUCUCCUGAGAAAAUGUGGUCCAAAGAUGAAAAUUUUGAACACAGAAGCUCUUUUGAGUGUGCUCAGAAGGCCACAGAGCUUCGAGCUUCCAUUAAGGAAAAUAUAGAGCUGAUUCGACUUAAGAAGCUCUUACAUGAAAGGAAUACCUUAUUGGUAGUGACAAAAACACAAUUAACAGAAGUUCAAGAGGCAUAUGAAACUCUGCUCCAGAAGAAUCAGGGAAUUCUGGGUACAGCCCAUGAUGCCCUCCUUAGCCAAGUGAAUGAGCUCAGGGCAGAGCUGAAGGAGGAGAGCAAGAAGGCUGUGAGCUUGAAGAGCCAACUGGAAGACGUGUCCAUCCUGCAGACAACACUGAAGGAGUUUCAGGAGAGAAUUGAAGAUUUGGAAAAAGAACGACAGUUGCUGAAUGACAAUUAUGACACACUGUUAGAAAACAUGCUGGACAGCAGUAACCAGCCUCACUGGAGCAGUGAGCUCGUAGGAGAACAGCUACAGCAGAAAGUCUCUCAGUUGCAGGAUAAGCUGGAUGCUGAGCUGGAGGAGAAGAGAGAAGUCUUACUUCAACUGUCCAGAGAGAAAGCUCAAAACAACGAUCUGAAGCUUGAAGUUGCAAACCUGCUUCAAAAGCAUAAACAGGAAAUAGAGAUCCUCCAAAAUAAAGACACCAUUUCCCAGUCUCCUGACAGGCAAUCGGAACCAGCCACUCACCCGGCUCUAUUCCAAGAGACCACUCAGAUAGAGCCCUGUGAACCAAAAAACCAAGAAGAAAGCAAACUGUCUCAGAUGUUAAGUGAGUUGCAAGUAUUGCAUGCAGAGACCACACUGGAACUAGAAAAGACCAGAGACAUGCUUAUUCUACAGCGCAAAAUCAACGUGUGUUAUCAGGAGGAACUGGAGGCAGUGGUGACAAAAGCCGAUAAUGAAAAUAAAGAUCACAAAGAAAAACUAGAGAGGUUGAAUCAACUCCUAGACCUCAAGAACAGACGUAUCAAUCAGCUGGAAGGUAUUUUAAGAAGCCAUGGCCUUCCAAUAUCUGAACAGUUCAAAGAUGUGGCUUAUGGCACCCGACAGUUGUCAUUAUGUCUGGAUACACUGCCAGCCCAUGGAGAUGAGGAUAAAGUGAACAUUUCUCUACUGCAUCAGAGUGAGAAUCUUUUUGAACUGCACAUCCACCAGGCCUUCCUGACAUCUGCCGCCCUGGCUCAGGCUGGAGACACCAAACCCACCACUUUUUGCACCUAUUCCUUCUAUGAUUUUGAAACCCACUGUACCCCACUAGCUGUGGGGCCACAGCCCCUCUAUGACUUUACCUCCCAGUAUGUGGUGGAGACAGAUUCCCUUUUCAUGCACUACCUUCAAGGGGCUUCAGCUCGGCUUGAUCUACACCAGGCUAUAGCCAGCGAGCACUACACCCUUGCAGCCGGAUGGAUUUGCUUUGACAGGGUGCUGGCGACUGUGGAGAAAGUCCAUGGCUCUGCCACACUUACUGGAGCUGGUGGAGAAGACUUCGGGGUGCUAGAGUACUGGAUGAAGCUGCGCUUCCCCAUAAGAUCCACCCUACAGGCAUGCAAUAAGCGAAGGAAAGCCCAGGCCUACCUCUCAACCAAUGUGCUUGGAGCCUGGGAGGCCCAGGAGGGUGAGUUUAGAUCAAAGACUUGGAAGCAUCAGAAUGAGCUGCGAGUGGAAAUCAUCAGGUGCCGUGGUCUCCGGAGUCGAUGGCUGGGAACCCAACCCAGUCCUUAUGCCAUGUACCGCUUCUUCACCUUUUCUGACCAUGACACUGCCAUCAUUCCAGCCAGUAACGAUCCCUACUUUAGAGACCAGGCUCGAUUCCCAGUUCUUAUGACCUCUGACCUGGAUCAAUAUCUGAGGUGGGAGGCCCUAUCUGUGUACGUUUUUGAUGAUGAAGACCCAGAGCCUGGCUCAUACCUUGGCCAAGUCCAAGUGCCCUUGCUUCCUCUUGCGCAAAACAAGUCCAUUAAAGGUGAUUUUAAUCUCACUGACCCUGCGGGGAAACCCAAUGGAUCUGUGGAGUUGCAACUAGAUUGGAAGUCUUCCUACCUACCCCCGGAGAGCUUCCUGAAACCAGAAGGUCAGAGUGAGGAGAACUACACCAAGCACAGUGUAGAGAUCUCACCUGAAGAGGCUCCCUUUCCUCCCCAGGACCAGAGGGCAUCUGCUGAGAUUCCCAUUGAAGCUGGCCAGUAUCAAGCUAGGAGAAAAUCUCAGGUGGGAGAAAGGAAGGAAACGGAACACCAGGUCACAAGCUACUCAAGAAGAAAACAUGGCAAAAGAACAGGUAUCCAAGGGAAGAACAGAAUGGAGUAUCUUAGUCGUAACAUCUUAAAUGGAAAUACACUGCAGCAAGUGAACUACACUGAAUGGAAGUUCUCAGGGCUUAAGAUCUCCAUAGAUGAUGGUUUAAAAAAUCAGCAAAAGGAAGAGGAAAUGACAUCAUCCGAUUCAGGACUGAUGCAGAAGGAAGCCCUACAUCCUGUAAAUGACAAAGAAUCCUGCGAACAAGCUUCUGAAGUCAGUGAAGCACAAACUACAGACAGUGACGAAAUAGUGACACCCGUAUCUCAGAAAUGUCCUAAGGCAAAGUCAGAGAAGAUGUGCAUUGAAAUUGUCUCCCUGGCCUUCAACCCAGAGGCUGAAGUGAUGUACGAUGAGAACAUAAAGCAGGUGUACGUGGAGUACAAGUUCUACGAUUUACCCUUGUCAGAGACGGAGACUCCAGUAUCCCUGAGGAAACCGAGGGCCGGAGAGGAGAUCCACUUCCACUUUAGCAAGGUGAUAGACCUGGACCCACUGGAGCAAAAAGGCCGAAGGCAAUUUCUGUUCGCUAUGCUGAAGGGACAAGAUCCUGAGCAAGGACAUUUAAAGUUUACGGUGGUUAGUGAUCCCAUGGAUGAGGAAAAGAAAGAAUGUCAAGAAGUAGGAUAUGCGUAUCUGGAGCUGUGGCAGAUCAUGGAAUCAGGAAGAGACAUUCCAGAGCAAGAGCUAGACAUUGUUAGCCCUGAAGAUCGGGCUACCCCAAUAGGAAGGCUGAAGGUGUCCCUUCAAGCUGCUGCUGCCCUCCAUGCUAUUUACAAGGAGAUGACUGAAGAUUUUUUCAUGACGUAA